AGAGCCGGAAGCGGGUGGGGAGAGUGAAACAGGAAAAGAAGGGAAGAAGGAAGAAGAGGGAAGAGGAGGAGAGGGAGGAGGAGGAGGGAGGCGGCGGCGCCGUGGCGGAGGAGCAGGAGCAGGAGGGGGAUGGAGAGGAGAAGGCUCCUGGGUGGCAUGGCGCUCCUGCUCCUCCAGGCGCUGCCCAGCCCCCUAUCAGCCAGGGCCGAACCCCCGCAGGAUAAGGAAACCUGCGUGGGUACCAACAAUCAAAGCUACAUCUGUGACACAGGACACUGCUGUGGACAGUCUCAGUGCUGCAACUACUACUAUGAACUCUGGUGGUUCUGGCUGGUGUGGACCAUCAUCAUCAUCCUGAGCUGCUGCUGCGUCUGCCACCACCGCCGAGCCAAGCACCGCCUUCAGGCCCAACAGCGGCAACAUGAAAUCAACCUGAUCGCCUACCGGGAAGCCCACAAUUACUCAGCGCUGCCGUUUUAUUUCAGGUUUUUGCCAAACUAUUUACUACCUCCUUAUGAGGAAGUGGUGAACCGACCUCCAACUCCUCCCCCACCAUACAGUGCCUUCCAGCUACAGCAGCAGCAGCUGCCCACACAGUGCGGCCCUGCAGGCGGCAGCCCCCCAGGCGCCGACCCCACCAGGGGCUCCCAGGGGGCACAGAGCAGCCCCUUGUCUGGGCCCAGCAGAAGCAGCACGAGACCCCCAAGCAUCGCUGACCCUGAGCCCUCCGACGUGCCAGCAGACCCUGCAGCCACCAAAGCCCCUGGAAUGGAGCCCAGCGGCUCUGGGGCCGGCCUGGGGGCGGUAGACCCCGGGGCCUUCCUGGACAAGGAUUCCGAAUGUAAGGAGGAGCUACUGAAAGAGCACAGCUCCGAGCAGGGCAGCGCCCUCCCCGACAGCAAAGACAAGACGCCAGGCAGACAUCGCCGCUUCACGGGUGACUCGGGCAUCGAGGUGUGCGUGUGCAACCGGGGCCACCAUGAUGAUGACCUCAAAGAGUUCAACGCACUCAUCGAUGAUGCUCUGGACGGGCCCCUGGACUUCUGCGACAGCUGCCACGUGCGGCCCCCCGGCGACGAGGAGGAAGGGCUCUGCCAGCCCUCCGAGGAGCAGGCCCAAGAGCCCGGGCACCCUCACCUACCACGGCCGCCCGCCUGCCUGCUGCUGAACACCAUCAACGAGCAGGACUCCCCAAACUCCCAAAGCAGCAGCUCCCCCAGCUAGAGCAGGCCCUGCCUGCGCCUGACAACUUGGCGAAGCAACCAGGGUAGGGGAGAACCACGAGAGAAGCAUUAAACGACUGUGCCCCUUUUCCCCCCCUCUGCUCCUGCAUUUUCCUGCAUCUCCAGGUACAGUUGGGGAAGUGGGUGCCUCGCCCCCCCACAGAAGCACAGUGUGGUGGAGGGCCGAGAAGCUGUUCCAGGACUCAUUCCUCAGACCCCACUCCACCCCACCCCCCCUUUACCUCUUUGCAAGUCAUGUCUCCCUGCCUGCUUGGGUCAGAGAGAUGUGUGUUUCAGAAGCCCCCGAGGCGCGGGGCGAGACUCUGCCCCGAGAGACUCUUGGUGAUGGAGUGGAUUCACGUCCUGGUGUUAGUUGUAGAGAACCUCACCGUGUCUCAGUCCACGAGAGGCGGCAGGGCUCUGGGUGAAGAAGGAAGCCCACAGAGGCCCAGGGACUGCUGCCCUGACUGCCAGUGUCUGCAGAGCUGGAACUGGGCUCCUCCUGUGGGAGGCUGCGAGCCGAUAGGCAGUCUUGUGGUCGGUUGGCAAGGGGGCUUGUUGCGCUCUCAAGUUCCAGGUGAUGAGAUUGAGACGCCACCUCACAUCCUGGAGGGGCCCCUUCCCAGCAGGUCUGGCUGGCCGCAGACUGGUCCAGGUGUGGAAGGUUAUACCCACCUUCUCUUUGUUGUUUUUUUUUUCUUAAAAAAAAAGAAAAAAAAAAACAUCAAAAGCGAGCUAAAAACAAGAACUUGACCAGUGGGCAGACAAGAAUUCUGUUUUGGAAAAGGGAAGUUUAUCGCUCUUUCCCAACUUGACCUUCAAAGAGCCUGGCUACAGUCGAGCCAGUUUUGUGUGCAGGCUUGGUGGGGGGCUGUCUCUGGAACGCCUGUGAGUGAGCAGGACGCCCUGCGCCGCAGCAGUGGAUGGAGGCGCAGCUUUCCGCAUCUCUGCCCUUUGAUCUGUGCCCACAGGUGACCAGUGCCCUCCCCCAUCCCAGGCACGCUGUCUGCUGGCCUUCACUGUUCUCUAUGAACAAACGAGGAGGCUGUGGGUCCUGAGAGAGGGUGGCCCCACAGCCUGGCUCUCACGCAGUAUUUUCUCUUGAUUCUGAAUCCGUUGUUUUGUUUCUUUGUUGCUUUUUUCAAACUGACCACUUGGGGAAAAACAUGCCUUGGUUAUCUGUGGAUUUUGUGCCCUUUCUCUGCUCCGCCCCCCCUGGAGUGGGGUAGCUAAUUUUUGUAGCCUAUGUAAAGGGUCUAAGUGGCCCAGGCAGGAGGGUGGCGGCAGCCAUCCCGAAGGACUCCAGGAUCCUGAUUAACUGUAGUUUGGCUUCAGAUAACCAGUUGAGCUUCGAGAGAAUAAUCUGAGUGGAGAAAGCGAACUGCCGAAGCUAACAUUCCCUGUCCAGCCCUGUUCCUGUGAAGAGUUUGGUUCUUCUCCCACUCUUGAACGAUGAUAUUCAGACUAGCCAUUGAUGUUAUGUUAAGAAAGGAAGGUGUGUAUCUCUCUAUAUAUGUAUAUAUAUGAAUACACACGUGUGUGUGUGUGUAUAUAUAUAUAUACACACACACACCAGACAAAUCCAAGGCUGUGAGGUGACUGAGUGUCUGUGUUUGGAGUCCACAAAACCAAAAUCCACGUCGAACAUCGUGCAUUCUGUAUACAGUGACUUUUUGGAUAACCUGUGUGUGUCUGUCCGUUGUGCGUGAGCCCCUAGCCCUGUUUUCCUGUGAAUAUACCUUGAACGGCAGCCACUCUGCUCCCGUUACCCACACGUUUGGAGCAGGGGCGGCCCUCUCGAGGUAAUUUAUUUUACGCAUUUACUGUUUACUGAGCAAAUGUCUGACUGUGCACUCGGGUGUACUCAGCAGCGCUGUCGACCGCAGUCCCUACGUUUGCCAGAGAUACUGUGCUCCAAGUAGAGGUUUUACUCUACCCAUCACUGCAAUUUGCACAUUGCUCCGUGGACCCUCGGAGGCCUGUGUUCUGUUCCCUGAAAGCGGAAACGUGCUCUGAGCCUGUCUGCCUCCCUCGGCUGCUCCUGGCCCUUGGUGUCAGCCCCCGGGGGUGUCCACAACCACUCGGGACAGAAGGCUAAGGGUGGAACCUCAGACAGAAGCCGAAUUGGAUCUUCUUCAGUGACCAGCUCGGACUGGCUGUGGCCCAGACGCCGGCCCUGCCCAGAAGUGCCAGGAGGGUUUGGCGGCCACCACAGUGCCAUAGGGCUUCCCUCCCUCUGCUGAGGUCCAGGGCAUGCGAGCAAGCACGCCUGUGUGUGGCAGAAGUGGGCAGGAGUGCGCUGGCAGCCCUCAGAUGCCUUUCCUUCAAUCUUUUUUUUUUUUUUUUUAAUCCCAACAACUCCCUGAAGUGUCUCAAAAGAGAUCAAGUUUUACCAAAAUGAACCCUGCUUCAGUUAACUGGUCAAAUGGAUGAAUUCUGGCCCUCUCAAGUUUCCUUCUCCAACAGAGUGGAGAACUGGUCCACACGUUACCUGCUGGGUUCCCUGCAGCGUCCUACCCAAAAGGCACGAGAAGAAGAAAACGCAGCGGGCAGAGCUGGGCUCGAGUCCAGCCGUCAGUCUGGCCCCUGCUACACGAGGCUACCCUGCACGACGAAAGCUGGAAAUAGGAAUUGAAGGGCUCGUGAGGGGGCCUGGGAGAUUCAAUGGAGUCUGGUUUUCCAGGCGAGAGGGGCUGGUCGAGGGUUUGGUGCUACAGUCGGAAGAUUUGCAAAUGCUAACACAUUCCUGUGUGAGGCACAUCACCCUUUGUCAGUUAUUGUGAAUAUGUGUAUUUUAAGCAAUAAGAUUCAGCUGGUCAGACUUUUCUGGGCAGUCUCGGUGACGCAUUUCCCGUGCUGUGAUUGUUCUGAAGACAGAGUGGCUCUUAACCACUGUGAGAAGCCCAAAUAAAAUCCAUCCCCAAAA